UGCAGCUUUCUCUUUGCUCUUUCUCGGGUAAAUCUAAAAAUGUCCUGGACGCGACCUCUUCUUCUCACCUGUCUCGUUGCUUUGUCCAUCAUCACCUUGCUCCAUGGAGCCGACAGCACCGCUGUGUCAGAUAAGAAGGCAGCCAGUCCUCAAGGUGCACUGAGGAAGAUCUUCAUGCCAGAGGCAGAUGCCUCCAGCUUCAUCAAACGACGAGGCAGGAGGGCUGUAAAAACUCAAGAUGAGAUAAAUGCUGAGCAGAGACAGAGGCUGGCCGCAGAUGAGAGAAGGAGGGAGUAUCAUGAGGAGCAGAGGAAUGAGUUUGAGAGUCACGCUGAAGAGGAGCACGACGAGCAAGACGAGCGCACCAGAGAGAAGACGGAGCAGUGGAGAGAGUUUCACUACGACGGCCUUGACCCAUCUUAUGAGUACAACCGACACACGGUCUAAAACAGAGGAUAACGGGUAGAGAGCUAGUCUUAUUUGUGUAUUCAUGCAUGCAGAACAUAUGUAAUCCAUGUAUAAUAGUUCUCGAAAAAGAUGUACAUUUAUUCAUAUUCAUACUCGCCAGUUAUUAUUUUUAUGGCUAGUUUAAAAUGGAUUGUAGCCUACAUUUCGUCACACACUUUAAUGACACAAGUCAUUGCACAAGUUACAGAAAAU